CUCCUACAUGGCGGACCCUGUCAUCCAGAGCAGCAUAACCCUAGCCAGUGCGAGCAAGAACCUCGAAGCCGCCGUUGGUGGCCUCAAUCUGACCGAGGGCGAGUCCACGCCACAGCCAACCCAGCCACGAUGCAGCCGGAUGCGACCUGCCUUCCGCUAUGCGUUCUCCGAGUUCUUCGGCACCAUGAUCAUGAUGCUCUUCGGUGACGGGGUGGUCGCGCAAGUGCUGCUCAGUGGGAAACAGAAAGGCGAGUAUCAGUCAAUCACCUGGGGCUGGGGCCUCGGCGUCAUGCUCGGAGUCUACGUCUCCAGCCCCUCAGGCUCGCACCUCAACCCCGCCGUCACGCUCGCCAGCUGCCUGCUCCGCCGCUUCCCCUGGCGCCGAUUCCCCAUCUACCUCCUCUCGCAGGUGCUAGGCGCCAUGUGCGGCGCGGCCAUCGUCUAUGCGAAUUACCGCUCGGCCAUCGACGCCUACGAGGGGGGGUCUACAACCCGCACCGUCCCCGGGUACUCCCCGACCGCCACCGCAGGCAUCUUCAGCACCUAUCCCGCCCCCUUCAUGACGCGGACGGGCAUGUUCUUCUCCGAGUUCAUCACCAGCGCGAUCCUGAUGUUCGGGAUCUUUGCCGUGAAGGAUAACACCGAGCUCAAGCAGGACAGCAGCCCCUCCACUCCAACAACAACAGCACCACCACCACCACCACCAACAAACCCCCGUCUCCCCCUCAUGAUGCCCCUAGCAAUGUUCUUCCUCAUCUUUGGCAUCGGCGCCUGCUUCGGCUGGGAAACGGGGUACGCGAUUAACCUCGCCAGGGACUUUGGUCCGCGCCUGGUGGCGUAUAUGAUCGGGUACGGGACGGAGGUCUGGACAGCCGGGGGGUAUUACUUCUGGAUCCCAAUGAUCGCCCCCUUCCUCGGCUGCGCCGUCGGCGGCUGGCUCUACGACGUCUUCAUCUACACCGGCGCGGACAGCGUGGUCCACGAGUCCCCUCUGUUCGGUCUGGGCCGCUGCUUCGUCCACCGGUGGAAGGUCCGGUCCGGUCAUCGGAGCCGGAGCCAGGGCUUGGAUGAGACGCUGCAGGGUCGGAGUCCUGUGUGAUGCUUGCACACAUAUCACAGAAAAAGGGCAGGAGAGCAUGGGUCGGAUGCGGGAGUUUUUCUGGUAUUGCUCGAUGAUUUAUGACGGAGGUGAACGUAAGUAUUUGGACGAGG